AUGGCUGCCUGUUACUUGAGGGUGAGGAUCCGCUGCUUGAACAAGCAUCACUCAAGCUGACUGACGCAUGCCUGCCUUCCAAGCUCGAGAAUGGCAAGCGAGCCCUCGAAGCCUCUUCCAAAGCGCUCACGCACAAUGCAAACAACACCAAAGCAUCCUACCGACACGCGCUAGCUCAGAUAACCUUGAAGGAGCAUUACAAGGCUCAGGCUGAGCUACAAGUGUUGCUGAAGAAGAGCAACAUCUCCGCAAGCGAAAAGCCGCUGAUCGAAAGGGAGCUCAGUGAUUUGGAAAAGUUCCUCAAGGCAAAGCUGGAAAAGGAGAGAAAGGGACUCAAGGGAUUUUUGGGCGCUGGAUUGGGAAAUGGCCCCGCAGUUGCUAUUGAUCCCAACACGACAAAGCCAGAAGAAGAGGAGGAGGAGGAGGAAGGGCAGCAGCAGCAGCGACUGAGUGCGAAAGCGAAGGGCAAACAGAGAGCGCAAUGA